AUAUCAAUAUGCCGGGAUUUGCCCAACAUCGAGGUGAUCACGUUCAGUGUGAACGGCAUCUCAGACCUCGAGCCACUGAAUCAAUGCCAGAAUCUGAGUGAACUCUAUCUGAGGAAGAACAACAUUACAAGCCUAAAUGAGCUCUUCUACCUCAAAAACCUACCCCGGCUGAGGGUCCUGUGGCUGUCUGAAAAUCCCUGUUGUGGGUCGGACCCCCACCGCUACCGAAUGACGGUGCUGCGUAACCUACCCAGCCUACAGAAGCUUGAUAACCAAGCUGUGACGGAAGAAGAACUGUCCCAGGCCCUGGUUGACGGCGAGGAGAUCACGGCCCCACCAGCCAGGAGGAGCGUGGAGAAUGGCUGCCCCGAGUCCACUGAAUCCAGUGCUGCUGAAUCCACAACGGAGACCGAGAGUGAGCUGCUGAACUUCAGUCUGGAGGAGACAAACAAAAUUCGAGAGGAGCUUGGUAUGAAGCCUGUUCCCAGGGAUAAAUUUUCCUCCUUUUCACCUCGAGAGACAGACUGCAACCGAAAGAAGAGAAACAAUGUCCUGAACGCCAUCCUGCUUCUCAUGAAGGAACUGGACGCAGAGGGUCUGGAGAUCGUCCAGCAGACGGUGGGCAGGAGGCUGCAGGCCUUUCGGAAGAAGGAGCUGCAGGAAGAGUGA